AUGCAAGUAAAACAAGAUGGUCAGGCUGAUGAGUUAACUCAAUUUAUGACAGAAACGAGGUCAUCAAUUCGGAGCUUGGAAACUCAGAUUGGACAGUUGGCCACGUUAAUGGAAAACCGAGCUCAAGGUAACUUGCCAAGCACUACUACAGUGAAUCCAAAGGGAAAUCUUAAUGAACAGUGUCAGGCUAUUACCUUGAGGAGCGAAAUCAUGUAUGAGGGACCAAGUAUGGAGAAGAAAGUUGAGCAGAAGCAGGAUCAACAGGCACCUACUAUUGAGAACAAGCAGAAAGGUGAAGAGAAGGUUACUAAGAAUCUUCAAGAAAAAGAAGUGGUACCUUCGGUGUCUAUAGAUCAUCACAUCAAAAUUCCAUAUCCACAGAGACUCCAAAAGAACCGUCUUGACAAGCAGUUUGCAAAGUUCUUAGAGGUAUUCAAGAGGCUGCAUAUCAACAUCCCCUUUGCAGAAGCGUUAGAACAGAUGCCCAGUUACGUUAAGUUCAUGAAAGAGAUUUUAUCAAAGAAGAGAAAGAUGGAGGACUACGAAACUAUGGCAUUGACAAAAGAGUGCAGCGCUAUUCUUCAAAGGAAGCUUCCACAUAAGUUGAGGGAUCCUGGAAGUUUCACAAUCCCAUGCACAAUUGUUAAAUUUGAGUGUAAGCACGCACUAUGUGAUUUGGGAGCCAGCAUCAAUCUCAUGCCUCUAUCAGUAUUCAAAAGACUUGGUUUGGGUGAGGCAAAGCCAACCACUGUUACGCUAUAG